AUAAGUAACCAGAUUAUCAGAGACUUACUAUUUGUGUUUAAAACUUACACACUGUACAACCAUAUAAUUUUAUCAGCAUCGAAAACAUGGUUUUCGUGUUUCAACAAAUUUAUAAUAUGAGUUAUUUUCAAUUCAUUAUACUUACACUUGUGUUAGUUACAUCGGUAGUAAUUAUUCAAAGGAUAAAAAACCGAAGGCAAAUUACUUUGGCUGCUCAAAUACCUGGUCCAAAAGGUAAUUUUAUUGUUGGAAGUCCAACGAUUGUAACACGAGGACAAGAAAAGUUUUUAGAGAAUGUGAAACUAUUAUGCAAGAAGUACGAGCAUUCAUUAUUUAAAUUUUGGUUGUUUAACAAGCUGGUUGUUUGUAUAUCCAACGCAAAAGAUAUAGAAAUAGUAAUGAAUAGUUUCAAUUGUUUUCAAAAGGAUAUACCUUAUUCGUUAAUUGAAGAUGUUUUCUCGGCUAAGGGGCUAAUUACAACUAACAAUGUUCAUGUCUAUAAAAAAAACAGGAAAAUUAUAAAUCAAUGGCUAAAUUAUUCAAAUUUAAAAUCAUUGAUUACUUUAUUCUACGAAGAAUCCAAAAUUCUCGAACACAUAUUGAGUAAAAAUAGUAAAAGCAAUUCAUUUGAAUGUGAAAUAAGCUAUGCAUUCGAACUAGCAUCGAUGGACACUAUUGGAAGAACAGCGUUGGGAGAAGAAUUUAAUUCACAAAACAAAGAAAACCAUGAUUUCCGAAAUAACUAUGAACGUCUAGCAGAAAUCUUUGCAUACAGAAUUUCGAAUCCGUGGUUUUUAAUAUCGAGUUUGUUUUCGCUGUCAUCGAAAAAACAUGAACAACGAAAUAGUCAACAUUUAAUGCAUAAAUUUGUAAAUGGUUUAAUCCAGAAGAAAAAAGUCGAACUAAAUGAAAAAGCAAAAACUAUGAUUAACGGGUGUCGUGACGAAGAUUGUAGUUAUCAAAAGGUUAAAUCUUUAAUUGAAAUUCUGUUAGCAAACGAACAUCAAAUAUCACAUGAAGAAAUGCGGGACGAACUUAUAACCAUUAUAAGUGCGGGACAUGAAACAACUGCAAAAGCAAAUUCAUUAAUUAUAUUUAUGCUGGCUCAUCAUCAAGAUGUUCAACAAAUUGUGUAUCAAGAAAUAAAUUCAAUAUUUUCGGAUGGUAAUUUAAACAGACCGCCUACAUACGAGGAUUUACAAAAAAUGGAAUACUUAGAACGCGUUAUCAAAGAAACCAUGCGACUUUAUCCAGCUGUUCCUCUAGUGCUCAGACAAGUAGAAAACGAAAUGAUGAUUGGAAAAUAUCUAAUCCCGGCGGACACAAUUAUUGCGAUUCCCAUUUAUUGUUUGCAUUUAAAUCCACAAAGCUAUAAGGAUCCAGAAAAAUUUAAUCCUGACAACUUCUUACCAGACGUGUGUCGCAGUCGUCAUCCUUAUGCGUACAUUCCUUUUAGUGGCGGCACAAGAAACUGUAUUGGAAUGAAAUACGCAAUGCUUCAAAUGAAGACUGCGAUAUCUACUCUUGUAAGGUCCUACCGUUUUUCGCCAUCAGAAAAAUGCCCUACGCCAAAGGAACUUAAACUAUCGUGUACCAUAGCACUGGAAUUUAUCAACGGAUGUUACGUUAAAAUAGAAUCAAGAACGUAAUGAGUAGUUUAUAGUAUUUAGGUAUUUUGUAAUUGAGUAGAACUUACUGAGAUUGUUUACUGUCUUAAAACCAAAUUUAAAUACACUUUUUUUUGUUAUUAACGUAAUUAUACAUAAAGAAUCAAAACUCUAUGAAAUUCAUAAUUUCAUAUUACGAAGUGUUAUGUUUCUCAGGAUAUUUUUAUUGGAUUUCAAUGUUGUAUAAUAGGAUGUAUAG